CAGGUGCCAAUCUUUGGGGAAAAAACCCGAAACGGAUGACAGUCACAUUCCAUUGUGCCGCUAGAAUGGGCCAUGUAGGUGGACUUGUCAAUUUUAUGUCAGCCAUUUGGAGGCCUCUGGGUUUGGAGAUGGAACAGGCAAGCAGCAAAGCCAGGCAUUUCAGAGACCCUUGGGAACCUUCACUGGCAGUGAAGAGGUCCGUGGUGAGGGGUUCAAGUCUUUCCUUGGAAUCUGGGAUGCCAGUCUUUUGUGAGUCAAGAGUCGUCAGUAGUUGGGAUAAAAUCCAAAUUUCCCUUUCGGAUAGACUGCAAAAAUACCAGCUUUCUUAACAUUUACUUUCCUUUUUACCUUUCUGAAUCCUCAGGGACCAAAAGCGUUGCUUAAUAAUUGUUUUUACAGUGGCCCUGCCGUUCGCUGUAUGAUCUGUGCCCAAAGGCAAAGGUUAGAGCUGUUUUUAUCUGGAACACGCACAAAUAGGUGUCUCAGCAAAUGCUACUCAUUCAUUAUUGUCCUAGUGAGUUAAUCAUAGGCAAUGAAAUUUUAUUCUAAUUGGUCGGAUGGGUACACGCCCUCUCUUCGGGAGGUUUUGUGUCCGUACUUCCUCUGCUGGCUGUAUUGCUCGCGCUUAGAGUCCGCUCAGCUGGACUGCUCCGGGCGGCAGUUAUCUGAUCCAUAGCUCCUGCAAUGUUGACCGGCUUCCUUCCUCUGUGUGUGUGUCUCCUGCUGAUACCCGGCUUUGCCGAUGCAGGCAGGCUGCUGGUGGUACCCAUGGAUGGGAGCCACUGGUUUACCAUGCGUUCGGUUGUGGAGAAACUCAUCCACAGAGGGCAUGAGGUGGUGGUAGUCAUGCCAGAGGUGAGCUGGCAGCUAGGAAAAUCGUUGAAUGUUACAGUAAAGACUUAUUCCACGUCUUACACUCUGGAGGAUUUGAAUCAUCAGUUCAGGAUUUUUUCUAAAGCUCAGUGGAAAGCUCGGGUACAAGGUUUACUUUCCCUGUUAAUGAUUUCAUCUGGUAGUAGCUUUUUUGAAUACUUUUUUUCACAUUGUAGGAGUCUGUUUAUCGACGCCAAGUUAGUAAAAUACCUAGAAGAGAAUUCUUUUGAUGCGGUCUUUCUGGAUCCUUUUGAUAUGUGUGGCUUAAUUGUAGCCAAAUAUUUUUCCCUCCCUUCUGUGGUCUUCACCAGGGCACCAUUUUGCCACCAUCUUGAGGUUGGCUCGCAGUGUCCCGGUGCUCCUUCCUAUGUUUCUAGAUUUCUCUCAGGGUUCUCGGAUGCCAUGAGUUUUACUGAGAGAGUGUGGAAUCACAUCUUCUACUUGGAGGAAUAUUUAUUUUGCCGCUACUUCAUCAGGACUGUUUUAGAAUUUGCUUCUGAGAUUUUCCAAAAGACGGUCACAGAAUAUGAUCUCUUCAGCCAUACGUCAAUUUGGUUGUUACGAACUGACUUUGUGUUUGACUAUCCCAAACCGGUGAUGCCUAACGUGAUCUUCAUCGGCGGUAUCAACUGCCAUCAGGGAAAGCCACUGACAAAGGUGAGUUACCUUUCCUGUAGCAUAUUCAGAAUAAUCUGGUGAUGGACCUAAAAAGAU